GCCUGCAGUUCUCUGGUAGCGUCAACCUCAUGGAUCCGUGAUACCACUACGUGCAUGAUGGACAACAUCCACGCGCCUACUGUCUCUUCGGGCCCAGUCUCUGGAGGCUACACCAAUGGAGUGCCAAAGGAGCAGCUCUCGUUGCAGGAGCUCAUUGCGGAGAAGGACCGGGUUGAAGCGGAGCUGAAAGCUCUCGGGCAAGUCCUGGAUUCUCAUGGCGUUAACAUGAACACCGGGCUCACCACCUUCGAUGGCUUUCCUCGCAGCGACAUCGAUGUCCCUCAAAUACGAACAACUCGAGCGCGCAUCAUACGGCUAAAGAACGACUACAAUGACCUCAUGUCACGCAUCGAGAAGGGUCUCCAUGAGCACCACGCACGGCUAGCAGAGCAGGCGCAGAACAACUUGACGGCCGCAAGCCAAACCCAAGCAGAACAGAGCGCACCUCCAGCGGCCUUGGAGGCACCAUUCGCAAAAGUCAAUAGCGUAGUCGCCGGAAGCCCAGCGCACGAGGCGGGUCUGAAGGUGGGCGACAGCAUAACGAAGUUCGGCUGGGUGGACUGGACAAACCACGAACGACUCGGGCGCGUGGCCGAGGCUGUGUCGCAGAAUGAGGGGAUCCCUAUCACGGUCAAAGCUCUGCGGCCCAGCAGCUCAGGCAGCCCAGCGGAGACUAUACAGAUGCAGCUUACGCCGCGGAGCAAUUGGGGCGGACGAGGCUUGUUGGGCUGCCACUUACUGCCGUUGUAAACUUCAUCAUCGAUCGAGGAGGUCUCCACUGCAGCAAAGUUAUCGAUAGGGAAUGACGUGGAGGCUUAGUACCUCUGGACACAAAGCGUGGCGGUGGUUGAGUCGAUGGCUCGUGUGAGGGCCUCCAGGCUGCGCUGCGAACAACAGUGCUUGCUGCGUGGCGCAUUAGGUUUGGAACAACAAGCAUGUUAUCUGGCGUUCAAUUCACUGCAUCUCAGAAUGAAAGAGGCUUUGUCACAAACUGCGCUA